UUGCGGCCUGGUUCAGGUCGGGCUGGCCGAGCUGCUCCAUCUGCAGCUGGAUCUGCUCAUCUUUAACUGUAACAGCAAACAGCGGCCCAGUGACAAUGUUCAGACCGUGUGUGUGUGUGUGUGUGUGUGUGUGUGGACGGCCUGCCCUCAAUUCCUAGUCAGUGAAAAAAAAAAAGCCUUCCUCAUUAAAAAUAAAAGCACUUCCUCCACCGCAGCUGCCGCUUCUUCUUCUGCUGCUGCUGUGACCAGAUGAAACCCACUCCACGCCCGACCAGAGCGACAACAUCCACUCUGAUCGGAGAGGGGAUUUUUAGACGCUGCGAGCUCUGGAGGAGGAACAAGCGGGAGAUAUGAGCGUCCAGCGGGGGAAGAGACGGUAGAGCCGCCGGGCGAUUUGGAGUCAGAGUUGAUAACUUGUGAAGGAGUAAUGGUGGAGCUUCCUCAGCGCGGUUUCCCUGCAGGAAGAAACCGGGCCGUGGAGGGCAGGAGCCCCUGAGAUGACGAUCCAUCACGGCACGCUGCUCUGUCUGGGCGUCCUGCUGAUGACCUCUGGAGGAAUCAUGAUCUUCAGCUCUGGGACGGCGUACCCAAGUACCAUCCCUCUGAUGGUACUUGGGAUUUUUCUGGGCAUGGGGGGUCUGAGCGUGAUGGUGGCAGGAGUUUGCAUGGCUAAGAAGAAUUUACAGGUGGGAGUGCCUGGACACUUCCUCCUGCACCCCCCCACCGGCACACGCUUCAGCCCGCAGCAGGCCCUGGCCAUACAAAGGAGGCUGGACCGAAUCCGCCGGGAAAUGUCGACGGACGCCGUCAGCACUUCGCCGGAGCCCGAGCCGUCCCUGCCGUCCACCCCGCCGCCCUGGACCAUGGAGCCGCCGCCGUCGUACGACACGGUGAUGAAGAGCCAGCACAUAAACUGGGAGGCGAACCAGGAGCACGGCGAAGAGCCCAACUACGAGCACAACGAACAGCAACUUCCUGAACACACUGAAUGUACAAACCAAGAUGGCAGCCAGCAAGUUUAAACUGGGUCCUCCGGUGCCUACUGUUCUUCGAAGCGAGAGCUUUGUCUGAACUCACAGCUGCAAACCUCCUCGGUGCCUUGAAAUCGACCAAUCGAGACUCGACUUUAGCUCAGGCGUCCUGUGGACGGUUGGGCCGUCACAAAGACAGGAGUGGAAGUCAAACUGUUGUCAGGGAAAGUUGGUGUCGUCUUGUCUUUACUUGUAAACACGAGAAACUUCAGUUUUAUAUAUCAGCAGCAUACGUAUGUUAAAGCGCAUAUCUUGUUUUUAAUUCACUAGAGCCUGCAACCCAUAUCCAGUGUUAUGUUAUCUCAAUCCGCCACCAUGUCCUUUAUUUUAUGCAGUUAUCCAAUUAUUUAUGUUUUUUUCUCUUUUCCUCCCCUUUUGCUGCUUCAUUCUGGCCUGGUAUGAAAAGCGACCAAAGUCUUGAUGAAAAAUGUCAGGAUUUUUCAGAAAGGGAGAAAAAAAAAAACAGAAAAAGAAAGAAUGAUAAACACUUUCCAGAAGAACAGAGUAGAAAAACUACCUUUGUUGUCAGGUGCAGAAUCAAGAGGUUCAAAACGAUAUAUGAAAAACAAACUUUAAGAUUUAAGUAUUUCCUGUAUAUUUCAGGCACAAAAAAAAAAUCUGUGAAAGAAGGGCAUAUAGAAAAGUGCAAUAACCUUAAAGUGAUUCUGUGUUGAAAAUAAAAGCCCUGACCCAUUUUAAAGGGGAAGUGUACAGGAAGUGGGUUGCAUCUUGCCAGUAGAGCAGAGGACUCCAUUCUUAGCUGACCCAUUAAACUGAAGGCCUGGACGGAUUCUCCUGUGUGCAACUGAUCAGAUUCACCAAAAAAAAUAAAUAAAAAGAGCUAAAGUUAGUUAUUUUUUAUAGAGAUUUUAAGAAAUCAUCCACUUGUAUUAAAAAUGUUUUUUAAACAACUUCUUUUAGGCUGAAAGAUGAAAGUAUCACAUGUAUAAGGGUUAGGGUUAGGGUGCUCUGAGAACAGGAUGAAGAUAUGCUUUGGUUGUCAUCAGAUAAGCCAGUUUCUAAUGUAAGACAAUAAAGGAUCUUUUCAUAAUA